AUAUUUCAUGGUUAUGUCAAGUACAUAUCAACUGUGAAGUUGUUUCGCUCAGUUUUAUGCGCUUACCCACCUUAUACAUGUGUGUUAGUGACCUGCUAAUUUAAAUAAAUAAUUUAUUUACACGCCGAUAAAGAUCCACGACCACUUUCGGGUGCUUUGCGAUGACGUCGGCGAGUAGUACAAGCGCUCGCUCGCUGUUCGCCGAUUCGAAAAUGCGCCUCGCUGAUCGUGUACAGGUAAAUGUGAAUUAUGUCGCCUCGUUGGUACGACAAAUAGUCAGAGGAUCAAAAUCUAACGAGAUAUUGAUGCACACAGCAAGAAACUUUGCGCUACAAGAACAUGCCAUUGAGAACACUGACAACAACCUGAAGAAGCUCAAUGCACUUCUGGAGACAUUGAACACUCAUCAGGACAACUUGCUAAGGUCUUGUCAGCAGAUUGAGGAGGUUAAGGAACAAGUCCAUGCAAUGCAAAGAUAAUUUAUAAAGAUAACAGGUUAUAAACUGCAUUUUAUAGGUUUAUAGUUGCAGUUUACUCUAUAGACUUUAGUAUUUGUCCUGUGGAUGAAUGAGUGUAAUGCUUAAGGUUGUUUUUGUUGUGAAUUAUUUGUUCUGAGUUAUCUUUUGUUUGACUGGCGCGUAAAUACGACGUCAUCAGCGACGCCCCUCAUGAUAAAGGACGCGAUAACGCAUUUACUAGUUGUGAGUUGAUAGCAGGUUUUAUAUUUAGUCUCAUUGUGAUAAACACUACAGCAAAAUGUGUGGUUGAUUGUAGUGUGCUUUAAGAUUUUCACGUAAGUUUUUAUACUUUAAAUGUACAUAAAUUUGUGUUGCAAUAUGUAAUUGAAUAUUUGUGAAAAGUAAGUUUUUCUGGUUAUAACAGUUAAACAAUGAAUAUUUCUACUGAGGACUAGUUUAUUUAAGAACUGAGUGUUCUGUUAGGUGCAAAUUUGGUUGCAUGUUGACCAGUUUGUAGUUUUAUUACAGGACAAAGUGAUAGUAAUCAAUUUGUUAAAGAAAAAGUCAUCAGAGAUCUAAUUUGAUACUAUUAUUGUAUUUUUUUGUUAAAUCUUGUUGAGUGGAUUAAUGAAUAUGUUAUUUUAAGGUUAGAUUUUGAGGUAACAUUAAAAAAAAAUUGUUUCAUCUAUAAAAA